CUCCUCUUCAUAUUUGUGUCCUUCACCUACCACAGAUUUUACUGGAGGAUCUGGGAGAACACAAAGAGUUCAGACAGCUUGUCUGCUGAAAGCCAGUGUGCUCGCUCUGUGCCUUCUUCCAAUGUCAUUGUUGGUGGGCCCUCUCCUUCCCCAGGGAAUGUGUUUUUUGUGGACACCUCAGAGCAAACUAACAUUAGUUAUGUGUUCUCAUGCUCUGUGGAGUCAGCGGCCAGGACACACCCAGGGUCAAGAGUUGUGGUGCUCAUGAAAGGUUUGGCCAGUGCAAAUACCUCCUUACCUGAGCACUGGGCUUUUUCCUUGCUGAAAUGCUUCCCCAAUGUGGAGAUCCGGCCCCUCGACCCGACUGAGCUCUUUUCUGGAACGCCUCUGGCACAAUGGUACUUGAACCCUGAGCGGCGCCAGGAGCCUUAUUUUUUAAAUGUCCUGUCUAAUGCCUGCAGGUAUGUCCUCAUGUGGAAAUUUGGUGGCAUCUACCUGGAUACAGACUUCAUUGUGCUUAAGAACUUGGAAAACCUCACCAAUGCUAUUGGGAUUCAGUGCCACGAUGAACUGAAUCAAGCCUUUCUGUCCUUUAAGCCCAAGCACGAAUUCAUGGAGCUUUGCAUGCAGGACUUUGUACAGAACUACAAUGGCCGGGCCUGGGGCCACCAGGGCCCAGGGCUCGUAACUCGUGUCUUCAAGAAGUGGUGCUCCCUCAAGACUAUCACAAGCAUGAGCUGUAAAGGUGUGCGUGCUCUUGCCCCAGAAGCUGUUUACCCUAUUCCCUGGCAGCACUGGAGGAAGUUGUUUGAGUCCAUCAGUGCCUUGGACCUUCACAAGCUCCUUAAGAACAGCUAUGCAGUGCACAUAUGGAACAAAUUGAGCCGUAAGACCAAGUUAGAGGUCUCCUCUCAGGCUCUGCUGGCUCAGCUCUAUUCCCAGUUCUGCCCUGCCACCUAUGCAAAGAUGAAACAGGACGCUGAAGAGUGGUCAAGGCGUGCAGUGUGACCUGUGGGCCCUUGGCUGCAGGGUUGUUCCGCAGACUGAAGGAAACCGAGUGCCUUGACCGUCCCCACAGCUGGUUUCYAGACCCCAGAUCAUGUGUUCUCUGUGACAGAUCCAUGAUUUUGUACCAUUCCUACUAUCUGCCUCAGAUCCUUUGUGUUUCAUAUUUUCAGCAGAAYCUGACUUCAGCCCCUCUUGACCUUCACAAGUCCUGUUACUGAACUUGUUCAACCUGAUGUUUCCCAAGUGCUCCUCCKGUGGAUCCUGGCCUGAGCAGCCCUCUUGUGAUGUUUCAACAGCUCUGGGAACCCAUGGUUUCCUCUCUGUGGCAUUUCUGAGUUUGUAAAUCACUACCAGGCCCUGCCAAAUGUCGCAGUUGUCUGGAGCUUAGGAUAGAACUCCCUGGCUGGCAAAGAUCCUUACAGCUGGUCAACU